AUGGCGAAGAAAAUUCGUGGACGUCCCACCCGCCAACACGAAGUCAUACCGCAGAACGCGUCUCCUGUGACGCGUCUAUCUCCAGAGAUCCUCUCGGAGAUUUUCCUUUACCACGCACGACCAACGCCCGGAGGGCUGUAUCAGCGUAACGGAGAGCAUGAUAUCCACUGGUUUUGUGGACACGGCCAUACUAGAUGGCACGAUGAAUACGAGGGUCAGAAGAACCGUACCACUUGGCUACGUAUCCUGCGCGUAUGCCGCCAGUGGCGCCACGUCGCACUCGGUUGUGCAUUGCUCUGGACAAACAUUGACACCGCAAUCAGGAGCCUGAGGCUUUUCAUGCUCCAACAAUCGAAAGAGUCUCUGAUCACCCUCAGGACGAUUCGUAUCCAAAACGACAAGUCAGAGGGGAACAAGAAGCUCGUUUUCGAAAAUCUCCCUCGUCUGCGUUGUCUAGCGCUCCAUUUCCAUCAGUGCAGUGACGACGACAUGACGCGUACGAUCUCUCAACUUCUAUCACCAGGGUUUGCGUCCCAUCUGGUGUCUCUCGAGUUGGCAAUCGAUAUAAGCUCAGCGAACUAUCAAAGUCUUUUCGUGCCCCAUCCUCCCCCAUCCCUGGCAUCCCUGACGUUAACCAAUCUGAUGCUCACCUUCCCCCCGGAUUCUACUACUCUCAGCCACAUCACCCAUCUCUCUCUGAAGUUUGUCCCGCUUGAAGAUUGGUUCUACGAUACAUUAGACCGUCUGCCUCACCUACUUCGUCUCGACAUCGCAAACCCCUCAGAAGACGACGAGCCCCCACCCACGUCUCGCACAAUCCCAGCCUCACUUACUGAACUUCAACAGUUCAGUUUCCAUGGUUUUCCGUCGUCGUAUCUUUCCGUAAUGCUCCUCCUAUCACUCCCUCCAACAACCUACCAUUGCCUCACAUUCCCUGACUAUUGUGGUCCUGACACUAUCGAAAGUAUCGAGGAAACCUCCUUGUACGGAACGAUAUCCGCUAUACUCAGGAAACGAACUGCUAGCGAUAACAACGCUUUCAACUAUCGCGUAAAGUUCUCUGUGACUACCAACACGGAGGAGGGCGGCGGCGGCUUCAAUCCCAGUGACCCGGAAGCGAGGUCAACUCGUACCAUGAUCCUCGCAACUCCCCGUCCUUCUUUAUCAUGCAAUGACGCUACCAUCACAGCCGCAGAGUGCACGACUGUAGAUCCCAUUCCCGUGCUCACCGUCGAGCAGCAGUCUCGUAAUUGGGAAUGGGCAUACGGGACCAGCAAGUUCGCCGAGGGCCUUUCGAAUUUGACCGAGUCGUUGCCAGUCGAUGCUGUCGAGGAACUUCAUAUACGCAGUAACAUGCCCUUGACAAUCGAUCACGCUGUCAACGACGAAUCUGACGCAGAGUCGUCCGCCACCGAGGUCCCGCACUUCCUCACUUUUCCCAAUCUACGAACGUUGCAUCUCGAAGGUUUGGGUCCACUCGAGUGUGUGCCCGAUUUACUGUCCCUCACACGCACUGUCGCCAUGGACGUGGAGCCGGGCCAGGGCUCGGACGACGCGGAAUCCAUGCGCUCUCAGACUUUCACUGCAUUUCCCAACCUUGAGAAGUUGGUAUUGAGUAAGGUUGACUGGACCAAGGAAUCCGAGAUUUACACUUUCAGCGCCGAAGAGAGGGUACCGCCCGUUUUGGAUUCCGUUGCGUCAGCGUUGAAAGUCAGGGCGCAGAAAUACAACGGGAAACACAAACUGAAACACUUGGUGGUCAUCGGCGGAGGAAUACCGAAGGGGUGGGUGAAGACGGUCAGGGAGGAGAAAUGGCUAUCAGCAGUUGGCGGUGUAGAUUGGGUAGCGCAAGAGCGGUGUGAAUGGGACUAUGACUGGGAUGAUGACGAAGAGGGGGAGGACGGGCGCGGCAGGGGUGAGGAUAAGGACGAACAAAAGAACGGAUAA